AUGGCGGCCACCAGCGCGAGUGCCGGUGCCUCCCUCUCCGUCACGGCUGCCGCUCACCGCCUCAGGCACCGGCAGCUAUGCGCUUGCGCACGUGGGCCCGCGACGCGACCGCAUCCCCUCCUCAAGCUGAACCGCCGCAGCUACGCGGUCGCGGCGUCGUCGGCGGCGGCCAUGUCUCCUCUGUCCCUGUGGGAAGGCCAAGGCAUCCGGGCGGAGUUGGAUGCGCCGGGAGGAGUUGCCAGCGGUGACGUCAUGGGCCUUCUUCUCCGGGAGCGCAUCAUCUUCCUCGGCAACGAGAUCGAGGACUUCCUCGCCGACGCCGUCGUCAGCCAGCUCCUCCUCCUCGACGCCAUGGACUCCGAGUCUGACAUCCGGCUCUUCGUCAACUCCCCCGGUGGAUCACUCAGUGCGACAAUGGCUAUCUUUGAUGUAAUGCAGCUGGUGAGGGCAGAUGUAUCCACUAUUGGAAUGGGCAUAGCUGGAUCCACAGCUUCUAUAAUCCUUGGUGGUGGCGCAAAGGGCAAACGAUUCGCCAUGCCCAACACCAGGAUUAUGAUGCAUCAGCCCGUGGGAGGCGCGAGUGGCCAGGCCUUGGAUGUAGAGGUCCAAGCCAAGGAAAUUCUGGCUAGCAAGAGGAAUGUCAUCCGGCUGAUUUCAGGCUUCACGGGGCGCACACUGGAGCAGGUAGAGAAAGACAUCGAUAGGGACCGAUACAUGGGUCCUCUUGAGGCUGUCGAUUAUGGGAUCAUCGACGGCGUGAUCGACGAAGACAGCAUCAUGCCACUUGAGCCGGUUCCGGGGAGGGUGAAGCCUAAGUACAACUACGAGGAAAUGUACAAGGACCCUCAGAAGUUCCUUACGCCGCAUGUCCCAGACGAUGAGAUAUACUAA